GCAAUGCAUCGCGAGACAACUGCCGUAGAUACGAAAUUAAUCGUUUAACCGUCGAAGAACCGAUACUCGGAACCGAGUUUCAUUCGUGGAGAAUGGAAUGAUCAAGAGGAGAAGCUUGAUUAACGAGAUUGUUUCGAUAUCAGGAAGAGGUGGAAGAAAACACAAACGACGACUUCGUUAUAUUUUUUUCCUUUAUCGAAUUAAGUGAAUAAUCAUCUAAGGGAUUGGGCAAAGUUAACGAAUAUUGGAGAGAGGGAAAUAUUCUAUUCCUAAUAAAUAAACGAUCAUUCCAUUUCGAGUAACCAUCGUUAUUUUCCAGAUUUAAGACUCGUCCAGAUUCCUUGGAACGAUCGAAACGGCUCGUUAAUCGAUUUCUCCUUACAGACGAGCCGAGCAGGAAAAACCUUUGCCUGUAUCCUUUCAGUGAGCAUCCUUGCCGUUUCUUCCUCGACUAACUCAACACGCGCGAUCUUCCAUCUUCCAUCUAGGUUGAUAGGAGGAAGUUCUCGAACGAUUGAGAUAUAUCGUAGCGAAACUCUCUAAGAAAUAACGAGACAAUGAGCGGAGCCGUCUCAGGAAAUAUGAUGGUGCGCGCAUUCCGAUCGGAAUCGAGAUCGGCACCGCGACUCGUUUCCAAGAAGCGAUGUAAUCGGGCAUGGAAAUCUCGAAGGUAAGACUCCCACGCGUCUUCAUUAACAUAUUAACGCUUUUACAAUCGUGCUCAUAUCUCGUUUCACUACCGUGGCCGAAGAGAACCGUCGGCUGAAACAGUCGAAUAAUGCCUGUUAUCCGCGCAACGAUUCAACGAUCCGGAGCAAACGAUCCGGCGUACAGGUGUUUUCGUCGAAACAGAUACGAAUUAUUCAACGUUUCUCACCGCCUUCACCCCCUGUUUACGUAUCGUAGAUACGGAACAGAGAAAGAAAGAAAAAAGGGAUUGGGGAAUAAAUUGGGGAGAAGCGGAGAACUUAGAGAGGAUUAUUCGCGCUCUGAUCGCGUGCCUCGGUUGGAUACCACCUACGUCACGUAGCGUAAAGACAGCGUAGACCAGCAGCGUUGCGGCUGUAAAACAGCGCUAAAAGCAGCAACAGCAACAGCGACGACGGUCGUGUCCACUAGUGGAAGAAGGAGUGGAGCAGCGGGGACAUAGUUGGAAGGAGGGAGGGGAGGAGGAGGGCUGGUUAGGCGCGGAGGAGAGGUGGAGGCUGGAGACGAGCGACCAAGGAGGACGGUCCGAGAGAAAGAGGGAACGAGAGGCACGGUAGUCUAUGGUCCAGCGACUCGGCUGCAAGAAAGAAAACGAAGCCGAAGCUUGUGGUCUCUCGCCAACUCGUGGCCAGUUUCUGCCGCGGCGCUCGACCGUCAAGCUCGCGAUCUCUCGCAGGAACGACGACGAUCCCUGUCGCUCACUUCGAGAUGCGAACAUCCUCGCCGCGGACAUCAUCUUAUCGGUGAACUCGAGAUGCGGUGAACGUUCGUGUUCGAACCUGUGUGUUCCAAGAAUUCCCUCUUCCGAUUCUUCUUCCCUCGUCCUCUCCCCAGGUGAAAUCGAAAGUAAGCAGCCAAUCCGUCGCGUGUAUCUCGAGGCUGUCGGGAAAUCGAGCGCAGCGUUCGAUGCCCUGGGCCCGGGUGAUCGAGCUACCUUCCUCGAGCGGAGGCUGUCGUUAUGCUUGAUCGGGUUCGUCGAGGCGAGUUAUCGGGGCGUUAACGAAGCGAAGCAAGGACCGGCGAUGAUUUAUCAGACGAGCCAUCAUCAGUCACCGACCAUGUCAUCCGCGAGGAGGACGUCGCCACGGGCGCAGCGUCGAAACUUGCAGGCCUCGUCGGGGAAGUGCGCGAGCGCGAAGGCGAAGCGCGGUGACGAGCGGGGAGCGGGGAGCGAGGAGAGGUGCAGGGGAAGGUGCAGAGUGCAGUGGAGCGAGAAACACGUGAAGGAGGGGUUGGUUCUCGUGCAGGAGGCCCAGCUCGCCAGAGUGGUGAAGACGGGGCCCAUCACGGAGCAUUACGAGAUCGAUCCGAAACCAUUCGCGAACGGACAAUGGGCGAAAGUUUAUCGGUGCCGAUCCCGAUCGACGGGGAUCCUGUACGCGGCGAAAUACUCCUCGAGAAAUCGGUUCAACGCGGACUGCAGCGCGGAGCUGAGGCACGAGAUAGCUUUGCUGUCCCUCUGCUCCCAAUCGCCACGCGUCGUCCGUCUUCACGACGUGUACGAGACCCCCAAGGAGAUCAUCCUCGUGAUGGAAUACGCCCCCGGAGGCGAUAUGCAGACGCUCAUCGACGGCGAUUUGGUGCCCCUCGAAGGUGACGUGGUGCACUUUGUGAGGCAGCUAGUAGAAGGACUCGCCUACCUCCACCAGAGAAAUAUCGCCCAUUUGGACAUCAAGCCGCAGAAUUUGGUGAUGAUGGGCACUUUCCCGGAAUGCGAGGUGAAGCUGUGCGACUUCGAGAUCUCGAGAGUGAUAUUAGAGGGGACGGAGGUGAGAGAGAUCCUCGGUACACCGGAUUACGUGGCACCCGAAAUUCUUCACUACGAACCGAUCACUCUGGCCGCGGACAUGUGGUCCGUGGGUGUAACGACGUACGUUCUCUUAACGGGAUUCUCCCCUUUCGGCGGUGAAACCGAUCAAGAAACGUUUCAGAACAUAUCCCUGGGCGAGGUAGACUUUCCCGAGGAAUUGUUCGGCGACAUAUCGGCGCAGGCGAAAGAUUUCGUCGCGAAGCUUUUGGUGCUGGACCCGAGUGCACGAAUGACCGCGAAACAAUGCCUGCGUCAUGAUUGGCUACGCGGCGCGCCUACACAAGCGUCGCCUCAUCUCAGAAGAUACCUGUCGAAAUCGAGAGAAGUUCUUCUGGAACGAGUUGUCAGCCGAGAGAAUCUAAGAAGAGCGGCGCUUUUGAGCCAGGCGAGCAGUCAAGCGAAUCUAUCGAGCGACGCCCAAGAAUCGUCGAAUCAUUCCGAUCAAAGCUUGCAAGAUUGUUUGUUGAGUCAAAGCGAGAUGUGCCUGAGUCAUCGCCUCACCGGAAGCCGAUCUAGUCUCGAGGGUAGCGGGGAAGAUUUUCCGAGCCCAGCCGAUUCUCGAACGAGUUUGAACUCAUCCAGAACGAAUCUGAGCUGCGCGAGUCAGAGUUGUUUGCUCAACAAGGAGCAAACCCAAGGGUUGCUCGAUCGAGCGCAAAGUCGGUCGCAGGCAAACUUAAAUCACAGUCUCAGCCGUGGACUUUUGUCCAGAAUACGUAGCUUGAAUCGAAUCCAGUCCCAAGCGUGUUUGCUCAACGAAAACUCUUCGGCCCAAAAUUCCUCGUUGCAACCUCGAAUGAUAAUAAAUCCCGUGAUCAGCAAGUCACGCGAGAAACUGUAUGGAUUGAGAUCGUUGUCGAAGUCUCAAGGAGUUUUGGAUAUAUACAGAAGUCUCGAGUGCCUUAAACGAAGAAGGAAGAGCUACCAACGAGCCAAAACCGAGGAUAUAUUGCCGAUUUUUAAGAGGUUAGGUGCUGAAAUAGAUACGUCCAACGUAGGAGAUCACCGAUCUUAUGACGAUGUUUCUAGAUUGAUAGAAAGGAAGGAGCACGUUAACGACGAAAAGAAAGAUGAGUCUAAUACGAUGAGGACAGAUCGAGAGGAAGCCGCGGAUGAGGUUAACGAUAGAUCUAGAUAUACACAGGUGCGAGAAGAAAGCGUAGAAUCGAGGGACCGAGCAUUCGAGUCGGAGGAGAAUUUGGAUUCGUUGAAAUCGAUCGAAUCAGACACGUUGACCGAAGAUUCGGACGAAACUCCGGUGAACCGCGACACCGAAUCGAACCUCGUAGCCGGAAAACGACCCUGUCAGCGACAACACUCCGAUGCUUCGAGUCACUCCAACAACUCUGGAACAUCGGACGACAAAGAAGAUCGAUCGACCGAAUCCGAAACCGAAGAGCCAAAGUAUACCGUGGCCCAACUCGUGUCUGCCUUCAAUAAGCAUCAAGAAGUCGCCUCGAGGACGAGUUUAGAAGCAAUUAUGACUGAGAAGAGAGUGAACGAGGUCACUUUUCCGACCGGAACGAAAGCUUUGAGACUAUUCAUACCGGACAUUAACAUCAGUGAGAGCAAGAUCGUGAGACGGAAAACGAGUUACAAGCCGCGAAAAAACUGGGAGGAAUUGAGAAAAAAGAACGAAAAAGACGAGGGGAUUUUGAAGAAUUUUGUCGACUCGGGCAACGAAGAUGAAGAUGAAGAUAACGUCAUUAGUUUUGAUUCCAAAAAUGGCACGAGGAAACCUGAUAGCGAUACUAUGGAAGAGCAAAAGAACAAAGGAUCAGAUGAAUGCAUAUCAUCCGAAUGGUCGAGUCCAUUGCCGUUAAUAGAAAUCAAUGGAGAUUCUAUUUUUGCGGAAGCCACGGUUCAAGAAAAUGUCGAUACAACGAUUGAUGAGAAGUACAAACAGUGUGUGAAAGGAGCCAAAUCGAAUGUAAUGGAAAUAGUCAAUGACAAGCUUCAAAAGACGCUAAAUAAUCCGGAUCGUUUGGUAAUUACUCGUCAAAAAGAAAGAUUACCAAAUUAUAUUUAUCCCGAAAUGGCGUGCCAUAUUAAAAAUAAUUCUCAAGAUUCGAUUAAAAAGACAACUUUUGUAACAACGAACGUUAAAAAUCCGAAGAUACAAAAUAUAGAUCGAACAAAGUCAACGUAUAAUACGGAAAAUAUUAAUGUAAAUUUAAAAGAUAUUUUACAACGGGUAGAUAAUUGUCAAAAUAAUCCGAAAGAGAAUUUGGAAAAUUUAAGAAAAAGAACAUCAAUUACGAAAAUAAUUUUAAACGAUAAUUUACCAUUGAAUGAUAAUCAGGAAAAGAACGAAGGAGAGAAUCGAUCAAGUAAUCGAGCACAAAGUGAACCACCCUUGACUUUGAAUCCCAAGGAAGAAGAUCACAAAAUGAAAUUAAUUGUAUCACCUUCCUUUGCGAGAUCUUCCUCGAUGUCCAGUGAAAGCAGUUGUCCAACGCCCUCUAGUAUACAUUCCGAUGCGAACGCCUCCUGGGAAGAUGUUCAACGAAGUACAGUGGGAUCGAACAUAUCUUUGGAGAAAGAAGAUUUUGGCAAAGUUCAACCAAGAAGAAUCGAGAUUCAGAGAACUUCAAGCGAAGGAAAAAACAAACAAUAUGCGGAAGACAAAAGACUUUGGGGCAGAGUUUGCACCGGAUCUUACAACAGAGCGAUGGAGAAAUUUAGCAAAAACAACGAUGCGAAUAAGAAGCCUGUCGGUCAGUUAAACGGAUCGCAACAAAAUGGAAAGAUUAGAAGGAAAAGCAGUCCUGCCAUGCCACAAUAUAUUAAUCCAUAAAUAGACUUUCCUUCCAUGAAGACUGAUUCCAGAAUUUUUGGUCUUUUCCAAUAUUACAGUGAUUCAUAUCGGAAAUCGAAUCGCUAAACUUCUUUUUACGCGAAUUCUUUGACUAGGAUCAACUUGCAAUUUAUCCUUGAUAAACGUUCGUAACGUAGUCAUCUUUUAGUGGACCAAAUUGGCGGAUAAAUAAUCUGCAAACGUGUGUCAUCAAAUGCUUGAACGACAAACCUGUCAUUAACAUCCCAUCUGGGCGUUGCGUGAUCAAAGAAGGCGAUCGAACGUGAUUGAUCGUCAUAGCCUUAUCCUUGACUUAAUCUCCAUAUCGAGCGAUCUUCGAGAACUACUUUUUUUUUCCAAGUGCGUAGUAUCGAUGAACACGUGGAUACAUUAUGUGUAUUUGAAUAACCAAGAAAACGAAACUUUUAAUUUUCGAUUUUAAUUAACCGAAAAAUGGUAUACCGAUCGAAUGACAGGAAGUAUCGAUUAUGUCAAUUUUAAAUCAGAUUCAAUGUGAAUUAAUGGAAAGCUGAGCUUAAGUUAUACAAGUUAUACAAAGUUAUACAAAGAAUGCAAAUUUUGCAUUCAAAAAAAUUGCUCAUUCAUCAGAGAUUAUCUUUCUAUGAUACAAUUUUGUUUCUAUUAAUUUUUUGGUAUUUGUAGAAACUCAUUUAAACUCAUAAAUACAUUUUUAAUUGGCAUAACAAAAAUGAUAACAUCAUUAUAUCGUAGUAAUAAUUAGAUUAUUAAAAAGGUUCGAUUUAGUAUAUCUCAUUUAAAUUUUAAAUGAUUCGUUCAAUUUUGUAUCGAAGAUAUCUCGACAAUAAAAAGUUCUUAUCGUUAAGGACCAUGCAUUGCAUCGGUUUUGCAUCUCCUUCAUACGAAUCAAUUCCUCUUCAUUUUCACGAUCUAUUAUCCUAUAUUAUUAUUUUAAAUUCUUCCA